AUCCCAGGGUGGAGGCCCCAUGUGACGGCGAGCAGAGUCCGGAGUGGCCACCGUGGCGGGAAGAGCGCUGGGCGGGAGCCACGAUCCGCUGGAAGCUGUUGCGUAAACUGCACGCAGAGGCCAGGUGCGGAUCUCCUAAGCCCCGGCGUCCUCUGGGGCCCGGAAGAGACGCCGCCGGCGGCCCCCGCGCCGAGCACAGUCCCGACGCGGCACCCGCUGUCGCGAUCCGGUAGCGGGUGACGUGUGUGGGCGGGGCCUAAGCGGCCUUGGCUGCAGUGCGAUAGAGCAUCCUGGAGGCGCCUGGCCACCGGGAGGCCACGGUAAACAGGUGUGCAGGAGCCAUUUGCCAUGGAAGCCAGGGAGCAUGGGAGCCCCACACCCACCUACCACCUCCUCACCUCAGCCAACCAGCCCAGGGUGGAAGAAGAUGUCAGCUCACCACCUCGAGAACCCUCAGAGACUAUGCAACUUAAGAAGGAGAUCUCUCUGUUGAAUGGGGUCAGCCUGGUGGUAGGCAACAUGAUCGGCUCAGGGAUCUUUGUCUCACCCAAAGGGGUGCUGGUGUACACUGCCUCCUAUGGCUUGUCGCUAGUUGUAUGGGCCAUUGGUGGGCUCUUCUCUGUUGUGGGUGCCCUGUGCUAUGCUGAGCUGGGGACCACCAUCACCAAGUCAGGGGCCAGCUAUGCUUAUAUUCUGGAGGCCUUUGGGGGCUUCGUUGCCUUCAUCCGUCUGUGGGCCUCAUUGCUAAUUGUUGAGCCCACCAGUCAGGCCAUCAUUGCCAUCACCUUCGCCAACUACAUCAUCCAGCCGUCCUUCCCCACCUGUGAUCCCCCAUACGUGGCCUGCCGUCUCCUUGCUGCUGCCUGCAUAUGUCUGCUGACAUUUGUAAACUGUGCCUAUGUCAAGUGGGGCACACGAGUACAAGACACAUUCACCUACGCCAAGGUCAUGGCGCUCAUUGCCAUCAUUGUCAUGGGCCUUGUUAAACUGUGCCAGGGACACUCUGAGCACUUUGAGGACGCCUUUGAGGGUUCCUCCUGGGACAUGGGAAACCUCUCUCUUGCCCUCUACUCUGCCCUCUUCUCUUACUCAGGUUGGGACACCCUUAAUUUUGUAACAGAAGAAAUCAAAAACCCAGAAAGAAAUUUGCCCUUGGCCAUUGGGAUCUCUAUGCCAAUUGUGACACUCAUCUACAUCUUGACCAACGUGGCCUAUUACACAGUGCUGAACAUUUCAGAUGUCCUUACUAGUGAUGCCGUGGCUGUGACAUUUGCUGACCAGACAUUUGGCAUGUUCAGCUGGACCAUCCCCAUUGCUGUUGCCCUGUCCUGCUUUGGGGGCCUCAACGCAUCUAUCUUUGCUUCAUCAAGGUUGUUUUUCGUGGGUUCCCGUGAGGGCCACCUUCCGGACCUCCUGUCCAUGAUCCACAUUGAGCGUUUUACACCUGUUCCUGCUUUAUUGUUCAAUUGCACCAUGGCACUCAUCUACCUGGUUGUGGAGGAUGUUUUCCUGCUCAUCAACUACUUCAGCUUCAGCUACUGGUUCUUUGUGGGACUUUCUGUUGUUGGACAGCUCUACCUUCGUUGGAAGGAGCCUGAGCGGCCUCGGCCUCUCAAGCUGAGCCUGUUUUUUCCCAUAGUGUUCUGCAUAUGCUCCGUGUUUCUGGUGAUUGUGCCCCUCUUCAGUGACACCAUCAAUUCCCUCAUUGGCAUUGGGAUCGCCCUAUCUGGUAUCCCUGUGUAUUUCAUGGGUGUUUACCUGCCAGAGUCCCGGAGGCCACUGUUUGUUCAGAGUGUCCUGGCUACUAUCACCAGAAUCACCCAGCAGCUUUGCUUUUGCGUCCUGACUGAGCUAGAUGUAGCUGAAGAGAGAAAGGUUGAGAGGAAAACUGACUAGAGGCCAGAGGUGACAUCCCCUGAAGCCCAGAUGGCUGAAAGUCCAAAUAACAAGACUGUGUGGGCCCAACCCUCCUGAAUUAAAGGAGCCUAUUGACCCACAUUCUGUAAGGGGGCUCAGGGCCAGUCCUCACUCAUUGGUAAGCUAUGGGAGUAUACUCAGGGUUCAGGCCAGCCUGAAGGUGGGAACCUCAGGGUGGAGGGGAAGCUGGGGAGUGGUUGUUUAGGUUUGUUCUUGGUGAGUAGGUGCAGCCCUGACCUUGGUAAGCUGCAGUGGGGAAAGAGAGAGUGCUAGGUUGAUGGCUAUGGAUGGUGUUUCACAGCUACUUGAGAUUUGAACUAGAAAGCGCUAUAGUGGGGUUAUUUUAUAGGAAGUUUUCCUCUGACUAGGUCCAAACACUUUCACUUUAGAGGCCUGAAAUGGUACCAUUUCUUCCUGUGGCUCAAAAUUCUUACCUGGCAAGAGGGUUGUAUUCCCUUUUGUUUGCUGGGUGGCAUGAACAGCAAAACUCUAGAUAACUGACGUGGGAAUAGUAUAUUUUUCUUUCCCUGAAUUCUCAAGAGGACUACUAUUCCUUGUCCUGGAAGUUCACAUUCAAACAAACAAGCUUGAUGGGAGGAAGUUUUUUCAGGGUCUCAGCAUUGCUCACUGAAGGUUCCUCCUGUCAAGGUUGGCCUGUCAUUUGUGGGUCUGUAUACUUGGCAAGCUGCAGGAUGUCAUUGUAUACAAACUAUACAUCUCCCUGAGGAGGUCUUGACUGUCUGAUUGACUUCACUCCAAUCAUAUUUGCAUUUAUUGUCAAAACUCUUAAGAAUGGAGGCAAGUCUCUGGCUCCUUAACAAGUUGGUCUUGGCCACCUAACUGUGCUCUUCCUAGCUGGAACCAUGGAGCAUCAGAGGAGGCUGCAGUCCUGAAGCAAGUGCUGGGAAGAAUAUCACUGGGAGUAGCUCUGUGGGUAACUGGAUGUUUCAUCGCUGCCACCAAAUUCCAUUAUUUAUUGAUAUUUAAUCCAGAACACCAACACCAAUUCUAGCAAAACAUUUGUGUUCAUUUGCCUACAGGAUGUAAUAAGCAAUUAUGUUUAAAAAUUCAAAGUACCUAAAACUGAGUCUCUCUGCCCCCAGAGAUGUCUCAAAGGUCAGGUUCUGAAGGAUUUUAUGUUCAGUUUCACACAAUCUUCUCAUGAAGGUGAACUUUAAAGAUUUUUAAAAUCAUGUACCUAUUAAACUUCAGAUCACAUGUUACUAGCACCUGGCUCAAACCCAGCAAGGACAGGUGAACAACUUCAUGAGUCAGAAGCCUAGUAUUACUGCUAUUUUGAAGGAUAACCCUUUAUUUUAUUGAGACCAUAGGUCUUUAUUAUAGUUGAUAGAAAGAAAAUCUCUGGGUUUCUGGUAUGAAUUUUAAGACAGUUGAAAUGUUCCGGAAUUCAGGUGACUCAUCUGAAUUCUAUCAAUUUUGUCAGCGACUUGGAGAGCAUCUCAUGGAUCCAAAUAGCUUGUUCUGUGUAAGGACCUGUGUUUGGGACUGCUGUGCAGACCCAAGCAAGCCCACCCUGGUGCUGGAAGUGGUCAAUUUUUUUUUUUUUUUCUUUCCUGAUAACCUCACACCAGAUUACAUCCUCUCUUCUGUCCCUGGCACCAGGCUGUUUACACUCCAAGCCGCCUUGGUGGGUCAUGGGAUAGUGCACUCCUCUUCUGCGUGCCUUCCCUUGUCCCUGAGGCCUGGUGGUACUGCAGUCUCAGGAAGUGCUUGGUACUUGUGGAACUUCUAUUUUCUCCCUGAGAAGAUCAUUGAAGACUCUGGGAGAAAAGCUACUUCAACCUCAAUCUGGCUCCUCAGCAAACUGUGAAAGUGGAAGCAACUAAUUCUGGUGCUUAGACUGGGUUGCUGUCAGGCCAGAGCAGCACGUUGGCCUAAUUUGGGUCUUCCUUUGUGGGCAAGAUGGAUGCACUGGAUUGUACAACUGUUCUGGGAUACCUCCUGACACUGUCAUUAUAGUCUCAAGAGAACCUGCUGACUUGGCACACCCCAUAGACAUAUUAUUCUUAGCUUUUUGAACUGAUCAACAGUAAAGACAAGAACUAUGAGGCAAUCUUCCCUUCUAAUCAUUCUUCACCAAACUGGCCCAUUGCAGACAAGGUCGUAACCUUGGUCAAUAUCCUUGCUCAAUAAAGAUUUAGAGGAGCAUAUCACGUUUGCCUUUGGUUGAGAGCAUGCAUCUGUGAGAACAUGGUGGACAUUCCUACUGUUGGGGAUUUGUGUAGUAAAUUCCUACCUGAGGACAAAGAAUAUUGUGCAAAGGCUGACUUACAUAAACUAUAAACAUCUGUUUGAGCCAAGCUGGCACCCAUCCCAGGACUUCUGGAGCUAAUUUCUUUAAGCAGAAUGUGUUUGUCUUAAGGAUCCCUGACCCUGACUUUAGUGUUCUUCACCCAAUAACCAGCUAAUCUCAAGAAUUUACUGCCUCCCAGUGGUUUCUGAGGGAAGCAAGGGUCUUACACACCAGGUGCUCUAGUACUUGCUUAGUGAGCCAUGUUAUCCUCAUUAUUGAUCUGUGCCAGCAUUCAUCCGCUGUGCUGGAUUUACUUCUCCAAGGAACCCUUCUGUGGAAGGGUUGCCAGACUCCCUAUAGCACUCAAGCUUCAUGGUAAAAUUAAUUUCCACUAGGUCUUUGUUGUUUGCCUCCUUAACUCAUCUCCUGCUGUGCUAAUCCUUUUUGCAGUAGUUUGGACUCCUUUUGCAAAGGGUACAGUUUGUGAAUUUGUCAGACCUUUCAUGUUGGCAAAAUUUGAUGGAACACAUAAUACACAGCAGUGAGCACAUUAUAACAGAAGGGUGGUUUUUAAUUCUUUGUCUCUGUGUCUACAGAAGACGACUAAUAUGACUAGCAUUGGACACUUAGGUUGCUGCCUGUUUCUUACAACCAAAUUGUGCCUUUGUGAACCUCAGAAUUAGAAAACUAUAUUUAAUUAGUUGCAACAGAGGGCCUAAGUACACUGAAUUUAAUCAUUUUGUCAGGUUUAACAACUCUACAUACAUAAGGCUGAUAUAGAUUAAGGCUUACAAAAUGGACAUAAAGUGAAAGAAUGGGUAGAGAUAGUACAGAAGUAGAGAAACUUAUAACAUUAUACAAGA